CAAUACACAUUCUGUCAGCGUAAUCGCGCAACGGUGCAAGCAGUGCAAUUCUGUGUGUUGUUUUAUUUGCACCACAUUAAUUGUUUUGGUGCAUUUGGCGCAAAUCAAUACUGAAAACGUCUCCACUACCGCCAAAUCAAGCACAAAAUGCCACCAAAGCGAAAGUCUACAACCGACGAGGAGGACGAUGAGUAUCGCCGCAAGCGUGACCGAAAUAAUCAGGCCGUUAAGCGCAGCCGGGUAAAAUCUAAAAUGAAGACGGAAGAAACACAACAGCGUGUAAACGAUCUGCGGCUAAAGAACCAAGUGCUGGAGGAAAAAAUUGACAACCAGAAGAAGGAGCUGAAAUUCCUGAAGGAACUGUUUCUCACGCAAGCACAGGCAAAGGCCGACAAGCUGGUCGGAAUCAAUCUGAACGAACUGCUGCAGGAUGAUGAGGAUGGGGACAACGAGGAAGAAGAAGGGGAAAGCAGUAAAAAACGGUUCAAGGAACAAUCGAAGGGCGAGGGAAGCAGUAGAAGCAGAUCGCGGAAGUAGAGCAAAACAUUCCGGGAAAAUCUUCGGACGCUGGAUGUCUCUCUCACGAUUCGAGAAUGGAAAAAUUAACCUACUUUGUAACCUGAAGGAGCAACGAUUGCUCGGUAUAGGGUUGUGGCAGGUACCUUUUUAGCAUAGAAUGUACAGGUGUACAAAAAGAGUGUAACGUUAGGCGCAGUUCAAGUGUUACAGCAAAAGUGCCGUAAUUCGCGCGCCCCAAGGAAAACGCGCCUGAAGAUAGGCUCGCGCCGAGCGAGAAAGGGUUAAACAGGUUGUGUUUGUAAAUAAGCACCCGGGCAGCCGACAGGCCGUGUGGCCUAAUGGAGAAGGCGUCGGACUUCGGAUCCGAAGAUUGCAGGUUCGAGUCCUGUCACGGUCGCGCGCGCACUCGUAUGUGUGAAAACUUUUUUUUGUUCUGUGCAUUCUCUACUAACUCGUUACAAACGUACGCGUUAACGACACCUUUAAUUCCUUGCAGAUGCAAUUUUAUCGUUUUUUGUUUCUAUAAGUAUAAAAUAAAACCUUUAUCUCAACACUGA